AUGUCUCAAUUUUCCCAAGUAAGCAUUCGCAGCAAAUCUCCUUUCAUCCGUGACGAAUGCAGAUGUGGGUUGGAUGCACCAUUGAUGACAGCAUGGACUGAUGCUAAUCCAGGACGUCGUUUCUAUGGGUGUGGAAUAUUCAGGGACACAAAAUGUGCAAACCAUUUUGUUUGGUACGAUGAAGAGAUGACUCCAAGAGCAAAAGAGUUAAUUUCUUCAUUGAAUGAGCAGUUAAUUAUAGAGAAGAAUAAAGCCAAUGAAUUCAAGCAGAAGGAGAAUGAAUUGACGAUGAAGAUGAAAUUUGUGAAAUUGCAGUUGAAGUUUACAAUUAGGAUGGGCAUUGUGUUAUUAAUGGGACUAGUUGCAACAAUUGGGAUGCACAUUAGGUUUCGAAACAACCAUGUUGUCAUGCUGUUGAUUAGUUACUUAGGUUUUUAA